CAAAGGGAGGAGGGCCUAAAGCUAAAACAACCUACCCAGGUUGCGUUACAUCCCACGUUUCUUUCUCUCCAAACACCAGUAUUUAAGGAGCCUGCGUUCCUCAUUGUGCCUUUUUCAUUAACAUCUCCAUCUUUCAAGUUGCAACCUUUUUCAGUUCCAUUGCUUCCCUUUUUUCCUCUCGAUCCCUAACUUUUUUUCUUUUAGACUUCCAAACAAUUUCUUCAAGCUUUUUGGUUUUUGUUUGUCCUCUCAACAAUAUUCUCUGUAUCCAAUCUCUUCGGAUUUUGUUUUUCUCUGUUAACGUGUCCUGAUCUCAAGGGAUUUGCUGAGGCUACUUUUUGUUUCUGUCCAUAUAAGUCUCUCAGGUAGGAGCCGAGGCUGAAUUCUGUAUACUACUGCUUGUUGUUUUCAUCAAAUCCCUGGUUCUGAAAACAGGGUUUUCAAAUAAGAAACAAAGCAAUAGGGUUUUCAGGUUUCAAACAAAUGGAAAACGUUUCAGAGAUUUACAAGGAAGAAGAACAGAUGGAUUUGCCACCAGGAUUCCGAUUUCAUCCAACUGAUGAAGAGCUCAUUAGUCACUACCUGCUCAACAGAGUUACAGAUAGCAGAUUCUCUGCUAGAGCUAUUGGAGAGGUUGAUUUGAACAAGUCUGAGCCCUGGGAAUUGCCAUGGAAAGCGAAAAUGGGAGAGAAAGAAUGGUACUUUUUCUGCGUGAGAGACAGAAAGUACCCAACUGGAUUGAGGACUAACAGGGCCACGGAAGCUGGUUAUUGGAAAGCCACGGGGAAAGACAAGGAGAUAUACAGAGGCAAAGCCCUGGUUGGGAUGAAGAAAACCCUUGUUUUUUACAGAGGUAGAGCACCUAAAGGAGAGAAAAGCAACUGGGUUAUGCACGAAUACAGAUUGGAGGGUAAAUUCUCAGUCCACAACCUCCCUAAAACUGCAAAGAAUGAAUGGGUGAUAUGUAGGGUGUUUGAAAAGACUUCUGGAGGGAAGAAAAUCCAUAUCCCUGGCAUAGUUGGAUUAGGCUCAUUUGGUGGUGAAUUGGGUCCUCCUAAUCUUCCACCAUUAAUGGAUUCUUCUCCCUAUAAUGGCAAUAACACCAAGCCUUUUGCUGAAUCCGCUUACGUGCCCUGCUUCUCCAACCCCAUGGAUGCUCAAAGAAACCAACAAGGGAUAGUCGGUUCCUUCAACGAUUCUCUGUAUGGAGUUUCCUCGAAUCCCACAGAUAUUAUUCCAAGAAUCCCACUUUCAAGCUCCUUCUAUUCCCCUCAAACCACUCCAAUUCCUGCAAAUCUCCAAUUCCAAGGCUCUGUUACAAUGCAAGACCACGCAUACCUAAGAGCCAUACUUGGAAAUCAAGGAUCAAUCUUGAGGCAGAGUUUCAAAACAGAGAGGGAGAUGGUUAGUGUUUCACAGGAAACUGUCCUGACUACUGAUGUGAAUGCCGAAAUCUCUUCGGUCAUGUCAAAUCUCGAAAUGGGUAGAAGGCCAUUUCAGGAGGCCCCAUCUACCUCAGCUGGGCCAGAAGACCUUGACAAUUUGUGGAAUUAUUGAAAAAUAAGACAUGAGAGAAAUCAGAAGAAGAUGUAACUGAGGAGGUAAUAGCAGCAGCAGCUUGAGUUUCUAUUAUUGCUUUGAAUUUGAUGGUGUGAAAUCUGUGUACAGAUUAGAUAUGUCAGAAAUCCAAAAAGAAAACACAAAAAAAGAGAGAAACUGAAUGAAAGCUAAGCCAUAUGUAAUGCCAUUGUAAGAAAAUUCAUGCUCCUUUUCUUAA